GAAGGAGCAUUGGCACAUGUAUAAAACCACCACAACUUAGAACAGUCCUGGCAUAGCGUAGUGCAAAUUGCUUUGCUUCUGUUAGACUGCAGAUUUUUUGAAAGCUUUUAAAAGCAACCAUGUCCGGGAAGGGCUUCAAGGGUUUUCAACAACAGGCAGAAGGGGAGGCCCAGAAUGCAGCAAAUGCACUGGGAAAGUCUGCCCAACAUGUAGUGAACCAGACUACAGAUGCAGGUCAGAAAGCUAUUGACCAGGUUUGCAAGACGGCUCAAGAAGGUGUUGAAAAAGCAACUGGAGAAGCGUCAGAAGCAGCAUCUGGCCUUGGGAAGAAGUGUGGCCUUAGGAAAUGAUCAUUUCAGCCAAGAGGAGGAGAGAUUAUAAAAUCAAUGUUUGUGCUGCAAGACAGCAAUAAUUUAUGUUGAAAUAUGAAACCUGUUUGAGAUUUGGAUCAUUUACUGUGCUUAAGCUUUAAUGCAAAAAUUCCAUACGUAGAAUGCUCAUCCAGCAAAUAGUUAGAACCCCCCUCCCCCCGCCAAUAAAAAACCACCACCUUUAUGAGCUAUUCAUAAUCUCCCAUUCCAUACAACUCAAGAAAGUUUCAGCCAUGACUAA